AUGAGUGAUGUUCCUGGACUAUGGAAUGAGCAGCUUGUUAGAGAUGUUCUAGGGGUCGAUGCGGACUUAACUCUUGCACAGCCUUUGCCACUUAUGAAUGAAGAGGACAAAGCAUAUUGGAGGUUCACAAAGAAUGGGCAGUUUACUGUUAGAUCUUGCUAUUGGAUGUUAAGGGUGGGUGGUCUUUCUAGCAACAUUACAGAAAAUAUUUGGAAAUCGGUAUGGGCCUUAAAUGCUCCCCCAAAACUCAAGCAUUUUAUAUGGAAUAGCUUUGAAGGGCAAUAUGGCUCUGCAACAGCGAUUUGGAGUAAGAGCAAAUUUGAAGAUCUAAUUGUUGAGGCCCCUACAUCUUCCUUUAUUGAUCGAUGGCAAUGGUUAAAGAAUAAGGUUUCUAAGGAAACUCUAAUCUUAAUGGCAGCCUUAAUGUGGGCGGCAUGGCGAUGUAGAAAUACUAAAGUGUUCGAAAACUUUGAACCUGAUGCAGUACAAUUGGCGAUGGGUUACUGCACUUAUGUGGCUGAUUAUAAGGGAUAUUCUGGGCGAGUAUACGAAAGGGCAGCAAGUUCAUUACAGAAACAUGCUACUAAAUGGAAGUGUCCUGAUAUGGGGUGUGUGAAAAUUAAUGUGGAUGCACAUCUUGGUGAACAGAAUCGGGCAGCAUUAGGAGUGGUAUGCAGAAACCAUACUGGCCAGCUGACCUCUACGGCUACGAAGAGUGUACCUUUAUCUUCCCCUGAAUGUGUUGAGGCCCAAGCUGUAAGGUAUGCUCUCUUGCUUGCUCAAAGGUUUGGAUACAAGGAUAUUUGGGUGGAACCUGAUGCGCAAAGUGUGAUAAAAUCGAUUGAGUCUUUGGCUAGGGGUAGAGCGCCUAUCUUUUCUAUUUACAGGGAUAUCAACAUACUAAAAUCCUCCUUUGAUAAAUGUUUUUUCUCUCAUGUGAAAAGGGUGGGUAACACAGUGGCUCAUUUGGUAGCUAGAAGUGAGGUGGGUAAUGCUCCGGAAGUAGUUCGUUUUUCCCCUUUCCCACAAAGUAUUGUAACUCUUGCGACUUUGGAUUUAUCUUCUUAA